GUUCCCAGCUGCUCUGCUGCAAUGGCGAUGGUGGCGCGCUGAAGAGCGGAGUUGGCCGAGUUUCCCUUUGUUUUACGAAGCAUUCUUCAGUCAUGCACGACCAUCCAGCGCUAAAUCCGGCUUGAAGGGCGUGGAUCUUACAUUUUAUCUGCGGUCCGAGCGGCUGGGCUGUAAGCAAGCAGCAGCCUAUAUGCAACCGCCCCGAUACUUCUCACGUUUGCAUGCGAUAAGCGACCAGCACCCACCCGCCCCUCUCUUUCCAGCAGCUGAUCUGAGCCACAACAAACCCUCUGGCCGGUGAGGACCUGGAGCUGUCUGACCCAGCUGGAUCGUUAUGGCAGAGCGCAGUUCCACCGGAUUACUGAUGAUGAUGCUGGACCCGUCGCCGGCGAUCGCGAUGACUCUCCCGGCGGAGGUGCGCGAGAAGCUGGCGGAGCUCGAGCUGGAGCUCUCCGAGGGUGACAUCACACAGAAAGGCUAUGAAAAGAAAAGAGGGAAAUUAUUGGCGCCCUACAUACCCCAGAUACAAGGUGUAGAUCCGUCUCUGCAGAUAGAACACAGGAUCCAAACGUCGUCACAGGUGGCCCCUCCAGGCUCCAAACAGAACAAGCCCCGGGUGGCAAACUCAAGGGAUGAACGCUUUAGAUCAGACCUGCAUACAGAAGCCGUACAAGCAGCCUUGGCAAAGUAUAAAGAGAGAAAGAUGCCGAUGCCCUCCAAGAGACGCUCUGUUCUAGUGCAGUCUUCAGUUGAAGCAUGCACUCCCCCAGACACCUCCUCCGCAUCAGAAGACGAAGGUUCGCUGCGCCGGCAGGGACGGAUCGCCUCCUCGUCUCCAUACCAGGCACAUCCUAGCGUAGAGCACUGGUUUAACAGAGUCAUCCAGGGCUCCUCCACCUCAUCGUCUGCAUCCUCCACCUCCUCCCACCCCGGAGGAAGACCCCAUCACGCCACAAACACCACCUCUGCUUCAGCCGCAACCGUACUGGCCGACCUCAUGGCUCACACACAGCUAGACAACCACAGUGCACCCCCGGAUGUGACAGGCCUGUCGGAGCGCUCGGUGCAUGCGGAGCGUCCACAGGUGGCAUCAGUGCGAGGGCUUCCACGUGGAUACACACACACCACCGUCAUGGAGACCGCCGAUGGCACUGACAGGGGAGAUGGGGAGGCCAUGGAUGGCGUUCCAGUCAACAGUCGAGUGUCCUCUAAGAUUCAGCAGCUCCUAAACACUCUGAAAAGGCCAAAGAGACCCCCUUUACGAGAGUUCUUUGUUGAUGAUUUUGAGGAACUUUUGGACGUCCAGCAUCCAGAUCCAAACCAGCCGAAGCCUGAGGGGGGUGAGAUGAGACCCCUGAAUGGGGAGCCGCUGGGGGUGGUCACUAACUGGCCUCCGUCAUUACUGGCCUCUUUACAGCGCUGGGGCACCACACAACCUAAAAGCCCCUGCCUCACCGCACUGGACAACGCCGGCAAACCCAUCUACACACUAACAUAUGGGAAGUUGUGGACGCGGAGUCAGAAACUUGCUUAUACACUGCUGAACAAACUGAGCACCAGGAAUGAACCACUACUACGACCUGGAGACAGAGUUGCACUUGUGUUCCCCAACAAUGAUCCUGUGAUGUUUAUGGUGGCGUUUUAUGCAUGCCUUCUAGCGGAGCUGGUGCCUGUGCCCAUAGAAGUGCCACUCACUCGAAAGGAUGCAGGCAGUCAGCAGGUGGGGUUUCUGUUGGGCAGCUGUGGGGUCACUCUGGCCCUGACCACUGAUGCCUGUCAGAAGGGUCUGCCCAAAGCACAGACCGGAGAAGUUGUCACUUUUAAGGGCUGGCCACGACUGCUGUGGUUCGUUACUGAUGGAAAGCAUGUUGUAAAGCCUCCUAAAGACUGGCAUCCUCCAAUAAGAGACGCUAGCAAUGAGAUCGCAUACAUAGAGGUCAGGACCAUUCCAGUCACGUCAUCAGGAGCUCCCAUCAGUGACAGACCCUUCACACGCACAUCUCUCCUUGGCUUCAUCGGGCCGGAUAAUUUGGUGUUUGUGGUGGGAAAGAUGGAUGGACUGAUGGUGGUGAGUGGACGGAGACAUAACGCAGAUGAUGUGGUGGCCACAGCACUGGCCGUGGAGCCCAUGAAGUUUGUGUACAGAGGAAGGAUUGCGGUUUUCUCUGUAUCGGUGCUGCACGAUGAACGCAUUGUCGUGGUGGCAGAACAGAGACCAGACGCCUCGGAGGAGGACAGCUUCCAGUGGAUGAGUCGUGUGCUGCAGGCUAUUGACAGCAUCCAUCAGGUGGGAGUGUACUGCCUGGCUCUGGUGCCCGCUAACACACUACCCAAAGCUCCUCUGGGUGGCAUCCACAUCUCAGAGACCAAACAGCGCUUCCUGGAGGGAGCCCUGCACCCCUGCAAUGUCCUCAUGUGCCCUCAUACCUGCGUCACCAACCUGCCCAAACCUAGACAGAAGCAGCCGGGUACAGAGGUGGGUCCUGCUUCCAUGAUAGUCGGAAACCUAGUGGCAGGAAAAAGGAUUGCACAGGCCUGUGGGAGAGAUGUUUCACAGCUGGAGGACAAUGAUCAGUUCCUGUACAUGCAGGAUGUUCUGCAGUGGAGGGCUCAGGCCACACCAGAUCACCCUCUGUUUCUGCUGCUCAAUGCCAAGGGCACUGUGGCCAACACAGCCUCCUGUGUACAGCUGCACAAGCGGGCAGAGCGUGUGGCCGUAGCGCUGAUGGAAAGAGGUCGACUUAACACUGGAGAUCAUGUAGCACUUGUUUAUCCUCCUGGUAUUGAUCUGAUCGCCACUUUCUAUGGCUGUCUGUAUGCCGGCUGUGUUCCAGUCACCGUCAGGCCUCCACACCCACAGAACUUAACCACAACCCUGCCAACCGUUAAAAUGAUUGUUGAGUUACGGAAUGUGAAUCUGUCGUGUGUACGGACCUGUAUGGUGGUGGCUGAAGAACGUCCUCGCAUCACACUUACGCAGUCCUUCUCGAAGAUCUUCAAAGACCUGGGGCUCUCCUCACGGGCCGUCAGCACCACCUUCGGCUGUAGGGUCAAUGUGGCAAUUUGUCUUCAGGGCACCUCUGGGCCGGAUCCCACCACAGUAUAUCUAGACAUGAGGGCUCUGCGGCAUGACAGGGUUCGAUUAGUUGAGAGAGGAUCACCGCACAGUCUGCCACUGAUGGAAUCUGGGAAGAUUCUGCCUGGGGUAAAGGUUAUAAUUGCCAACACAGAAACCAAAGGCCCUCUUGGAGAUUCUCAUCUGGGAGAAAUCUGGGUGAGCGGCCCCCAUAAUGCCACAGGAUACUAUACGGUUUAUGGUGAAGAGGCAUUGCACGCUGACCACUUCAGCACCAGACUGAGCUUCGGUGACACGCAGACGGUUUGGGCUCGCACUGGAUAUCUCGGCUUCCUGCGGCGCACAGAACUUACAGAUGCCAGUGGAGAGCGGCAUGAUAUACACCUUUCAUCUCCUCACUUUCUCUCACUCUCUCCUCAGUGCUGUGUUCACAUGGACGAAUCUCUUGGUGGUGGUCGUGGAGCUUGA